CCCCCCCCCCCCCCCCCCCCCCCCCCCCCCCCCCCCCCCCCCCCCCCCCCCCCCCCCCCCCCCACCCCCCCCCCCCCCCCCCCCCCCCCCCCCCCCCCCCCCCCCCCCCCCCCACCCCCCCCCCCCCCCCCCCCCCCCCCCCCCCCCCCCCCCCCCCCCCCCCCCCCCCCCCCCCCCACCCCCCCCCCCCCCCCCCCCCCCCCCCCCCCCCCCCCCCCCCCCCCCCCCCCCCCCCCCCCCCCCCCCCCCCCCCCCCCCCCCCCCCCCCCCCCCCCCCCCCCCCCCCCCCCCCCCCCCCCCCCCCCCCCCCCCCCCCCCCCCCCCCCCCCCCCCCCCCCCCCCCCCCCACCCCCCCCCCCCCCCCCCCCCCCCCCCCCCCCCCCCCCCCCCCCCCCCCCCCCCCCCCCCCCCCCCCCCCCCCCCCCCCCCCCCCCCCCCCCCCCCCCCCCCCCCCCCCCCCCCCCCCCCCCCCCCCCCCCCCCCCCCCCCCCCCCCCCCCCCCCCCCCCCCCCCCCCCCCCCCCCCCCCCCCCCCCCCCCCCCCCCCCCCCCCCCCCCCCCCCCCCCCCCCCCCCCCCCCCCCCCACCCCCCCCCCCCCCCCCCCCCCCCCCCCCCCCCCCCCCCCCCCCCCCCCCCCCCCCCCCCCCCCCCCCCCCCCCCCCCCCCCCCCCCCCCCCCCCCCCCCCCCCCCCCCCCCCCCCCCCCACCCCCCCCCCCCCCCCCCCCCCCCCCCCCCCCCCCCCCCCCCCCCCCCCCCCCCCCCCCCCCCCCCCCCCCCCCCCCCCCCCCCCCCCCCCCCCCCCCCCCCCCCCCCCCCCCCCCCCCCCCCCCCCCCCCCCCCCCCCCCCCCCCCCCCCCCCCCCCCCCCCCCCCCCCCCCCCCCCCCCCCCCCCCCCCCCCCCCCCCCCCCCCCCCCCCCCCCCCCCCCCCCCCCCCCCCCCCCCCCCCCCCCCCCCCCCCCCCCCCCACCCCCCCCCCCCCCCCCCCCCCCCCCCCACCCCCCCCCCCCCCCCCCCCCCCCCCCCCCCCCCACCCCCCCCCCCCCCCCCCCCCCCCCCCCCCCCCCCCCCCCCCCCCCCCCCCCCCCCCCCCCCCCCCCCCCCCCCCCCCCCCCCCCCCCCCCCCCCCCCCCCCCCCCCCCCCCCCCCCCCCCCCCCCCCCCCCCCCCCCCCCCCCCCCCCCCCCCCCCCCCCCCCCCCCCCCCCCCCCCCCCCCCCCCCCCCCCCCCCCCCCCCCCCCCCCCCCCCCCCCCCCCCCCCCCCCCCCCCCCCCCCCCCCCCCCCCCCCCCCCCCCCCCCCCCCCCCCCCCCCCCCCCCCCCCCCCCCCCCCCCCCCCCCCCCCCCCCCCCCCCCCCCCCACCCCCCCCCCCCCCCCCCCCCCCCCCCCCCCCCCCCCCCCCCCCCCCCCCCCCCCCCCCCCCCCCACCCCCCCCCCCCCCCCCCCCCCCCCCCCCCCCCCCCCCCCCCCCCCCCCCCCCCCCCCCCCCCCCCCCCUCCCCA